AUGUCGAAUCUAUACGGUGGGGAUUUCAAUCAAAAGAUCGAUUACAUGUUUAAGGUCGUUUUAAUCGGAGACUCGGCUGUCGGAAAAUCCCAGUUGGUCUCUCGGUUUGCGCGUAACGAAUUCAGCUUGGAAUCUAAGGCCACGAUUGGAGUCGAAUUUCAAACCAAAACUCUCGUUAUUGAUCACAAAACGGUCAAGGCACAAAUUUGGGAUACGGCAAGACAAGAAAGGUACCGAGCCGUGACAAGCGCAUACUACCGAGGCGCGGUUGGAGCUAUGCUAGUCUACGACAUGACCAAACGACAAUCAUUCGACCACAUGGCACGGUGGCUCGAGGAACUCCGGGCCCACGCGGACAAGAACACGGCUAUUAUGCUUGUCGGUAACAAAUGCGACUUGUGGACACUAAGGGCUGUUCCCACGGAGGAUGCGCAAGAAUUUGCCGAGUAUGAGAAUCUCUACUUUAUGGAGACUUCUGCAUUUCAGGCAACAAAUGUUGAGAACGCGUUUUUCACCAUUUUGACCGAGAUAUAUAGAAUCGUGAGCAAGAAGACUCUAGCCACAAUCGAGGGCUCGAGCUAUGCCAAGUCAGGAUCUUUGAAAGGUACGAGGAUUAUUGUCCCGAGUUAUGGUUCGGAUAGUUCAAAGUCUGGUUGUUGCAUGGGUUCGUGA